AUGUCAGACACCAGAUUGUUGAUUAAUCAAUACAAAUUUGCUGUAGAAAACCUGAAAGUAUCCUGUAGAGUCUCUUGUAACAGACAAGUCAGUGAACAGCAGCUACUAGCACGAUGGGUGCAAAGCCUCAAUCCAGCAUGCAUCCUCACAGACGACAACAUAUGCACUACACUAAGGAACGGGGAAGCGUUACUAACCAUCCUUGCUCUAGUAGACAGCGCUCAUAUUUUAAUUCACGGGCAGGCAAAGAAAUCUAGGUCUAGAAUUGAUGCUCUUCGCAAUCUUGAUGUCGUUCUUCAAUACAUAUACAAUGGAAAAGCCCCUCUCUUCGUACAUUCAGAGUCCCUCUACACCACGGUGGAUCCUAAAAAUUGGUGGCACAUUCUCUCUGACGCUUUCCACAGACGGGCAUAUUUACCUCUUAAGCGACGGGAAAGCAAUCUAGUGUCGUUGUUCCACCCUGCAGACAAGAUAUCCUUCCCUCUCAACAAUGGCUCACCUUCGCCUGUGGAUCCUCAGGUUUAUACCUUCUUACUGUAUAAUUAUUUUUUAGUUCCCUGCGACUUCCUUUCCCUGAUAACCCUGCGUCCCAAAAAUAUUAGUCAAAUUAAAUUAAACUGGUCAAUCAUCACGCUCGUAUUGAAUCUACAUGGGAUUAAGUUAAUCUUCACACCCGACGAGCUAACACAAUUGCAAAUGACAAACGACCGUAGUAGCAAUAGUAAGAUUUGUGCGUACAUGUCAGAAUAUAUGCUUCUCUCUCUGCUCGAUACCCUGCAGGCACGUGCGAAGACAGCGCCACCUGGUGAGGGAGAGCUACUUGGGCCGCUGAUUCGAAAACUACGGCAUGAACAUCCUGAUAGAAAGUUCUACUAUUGCUUUUCCGAUUACUUUGUAAUUAUCCACUUUAAUACAAGCGCACGCUCUUCACUAGAAUAUGUGCCCAAAUCUCAUAAGCACGUUGUUCUAAAUAUGCUUUCUCUGAACCGAUGCACUAAGUGUGUAACUAUCCCUUGCACUGCAGACCAUAGGUUCUUCCUGUUCUUUGCAAAAAUGGUUCGUAAUCCAUCUGGGAGCGACUUUGGUACUGACACAGCCAAGUGGACAGAUUGCUCCUUGAUACUAUCCCCCGUGUGCCUGUUGGUGGUGACCUUAUUAGACGAUAUAUUUAUUCCUUUGGCGUGGAUUACACAGAUUCGGACAAAAUCUUUCCACCAACACCUCUUACUACUGUUCAAAGAAGCGAUAUCUGGCCUUUCUUCUUUGCUGCUUUGUUUGGAAAGCGGCGAUUUCUCGGCCUUGGUGCACCAACUAACUGCUAUAAUUACUUAA